AUCAAAAGCUGAAUGAAGAAAAUGACAAGCAUGGGAUAAACAAAACCACGCGUCUGGAACAAAAAUGAAUAUGUCUGCGAUGGGAGAGCGAAAGCAGGCGACCGUGGUGCUUGGCUGUGGAACUUAGAGGCUGAAUGAAUAACCAUGGCAACAGCAGCAGCAGUAGAAGCGGUGAGCUGCUUAUAGCACUGAGCAGGGACACUGUAGCUGUGCAUCCGCAGACCCAUCAUAACGCACUUGCAGGUAGGCUAAAGCAUUUGCCAAAGGACUGUAAGUGACCGACACAGUGGAGAACAUUGAGUGGAGGGUCGCACCGCAUCAGUGUUGAAGGUGAUGACCUGGAAGGGAUCAUGUCUGAGGUACAGGGGACUGUGGAAUUUUCUGUGGAGUUUCACAAGUUCCACAAUGUUGAUCUCUUCCAGCGAGGGUUCUAUCAAGUCCGCGCUGGAUUGAAGGUCUCCCCUCGUGUGCCACACAGAUUGAUAGCAACAACAGCAGGAAAUACAGGUGAAUCCAGCUUUAGUUCUGCUGGUGUCCACGAUGGCAGCGUUUUCAGCAGGAUAUUUCAGAUCUUGUACCGGAAUGAGGAGAUAGCAAUGAAUGACUCAAUGAACUUCAAGGUUCACCUGCUGCUAGACGGAGAAAGAGUUGAAGAAGCACUGAGUGAGGUGGAUUUUCAGUUGAAGCUGGACCUGCACUUUACUGACAGCGAACAGCAGCUGAGUGAGAUCGCCGUGGUCCCGCUGAUAAGCAGUCGAACGCUGGGCCUCCACUUCCACCCCCGCCGGGGCCUGCACCACCACGUCCCCGUCAUGUUCGACUACUUCCACCUGUCCGUCAUCUCUGUCUCCAUCCAUGCCUCACUGGUGGCCUUACACCAGCCACUUAUCAGCUUCACUCGUUCAGGGAAGGGUUCCUGGCUGGGAAAGGGUUCCUCGGAGAACGGAACCGAUCCAUCUGCCAUGUCGAUAGAAAACCUUAUGUUCGGAGGUGGAUACUGCAAGCCUGUUCUCACAGAGGGCAGCUUCUAUGUACCAUCAGAGAACUGCCUGCAAAGAGCCCAUAUGUGGCACCGAAGACUCUGUCGCCUCCUGCUGGCAGCACACCGAGGCCUGCGCACAUACUACAUGAUGCUGAUGAAGGAGAUCCCAGAGCUUACACAGAUGGAGAUAGUGGAGCUGCCAAUUGAGGAGAUGCUAAAUCAGCUAUCAAUUGAGCUACAGCUGCAGAGUGGUCAGGAAAAGGUGGCGGAGCAGAUCAGCAGAGACCUGACCCAGCUGUGUGCUCACCUCUCCUCCGUGUGGGCCCAGUUUCUGGAGGCGGCCGUGCUGCGGGCUGAGGUUCGGUCCUACCUGGCUCAGGAGCACCACACCCUACGGGUCAGGCGCUUUUCGGAAGCUUACUUUUUCACAGAACAUGCCAAAGAUUCGUCUUUGACUUUUCAGGAAGAACUGAUUACCAGACAUGGGCAGAUCGCUCUGGAGGUCCGCAGUUCGGACUACCUGACUGGGAUGCCACCCCUGCCCGUCGAGUGCCUAGACAUUGAUGGGGACUGGAGUAGUCUCCCUAUCAUCUUUGAGGACAGAUAUGUUGAAUUUCCUUAUAUAGGUCAGAAUUCAGAUAGCAUAUCAUCGUGUGCAUCACAUGUGCCAACUCUCCCUGCCCUUAUCAGUGAGAACCCCUCCUCCGAUUCACCUGCCACUGCUGCCAAUGCCACCAUUGUGGUGCACCCACUGGACUCCCACUCACCAGCAAUAAACCAGGGUCUGUCCAUUACUGAAGACUGUACAGACCUGCCUAAUUAUAUCUCUUUAAUAGGAGAGCAGGGUGAAAGCAAUAAUCGCUCUGUGGAAGUGGACCCAUCUGAGGAUAGAAAUGAGGACAGUGAGGACUCUGAAGCAGAAAACCCCACAGAGCUCAGUGUAGCUGAGUCUGUGGAAAGCUGUAGCGCAGGUGUGAAAUAUAUUGAAGUCAGGCCCAGCAACUCCAACCCUUACCGGGGAGACGUUGUCCGAAUAGUGUCAUCGGAUGCUGACUUUCACAAUUCUGAUGCUGAAGGCUCACCUCGUCUUCGCGAUUCAGACAACAAAUCAGAGAGCGAGGAUUUGAUAAAGGUCCCUGGAAGUGACACAGGGACGAGCAGGGACAGCGUUACAUGUGGAGAGCUACCACCGGACUGCGGAAACGAGGACAUGCUGCUGACAAGCCUGUCAACUUCGGACUACUCUCCCCUGGAACGGCAGACAAGCCCGCACACGGGAGCCCAUUAUCGGCGGGAGGACCUCUUCCUCCGGGCAGAGCGCCCGCACGGCAGCGGUCGCGGGGGCCUCAAAGCUAUGAAGAGGUCCUCCUCGGUCAUCUCCGACUCGGGCAUCGAGAGUGAACCCAGCUCGGCUGCCUGGCCUGAGGUAAGAUCCCGGCCAGUCGACUUCUCCAGUGAGCGGGACAUCCUACAGAACCUGGUGAGGAGGCACACGGUCCACCGCAACUCUCUGGAGGGCUUCCAGAUGGAGAGUAACACCAGCCUGCCCAGCGGAAUCCAGGCCUCCCUCACCUCAAUCAGCUCCCUGCCCUACGAGGAAGAAGAGCAAGAAGUGGAGCUCAGCAAGCUUACCAAGUCUGUAUCCGCCCCCCAGAUCAGCAGCCCUGAGGACACAGAGGAAGACCUGGAGCCUGCUAACCAAGGCCAGGACACAGGGAGUGAGGGAGCCAGUGGCUCUGAACAGGAUGAGGCUGACACUGCUAUCAAGCACUUUGGUCCAUGCAAAGGGAUUACCUCUCCUGUGGAUGACACAAUAGAUGGUGCCAUGUUUGAUUGGGGAACAACUCUGGUCUUGCAAGAACCUACGCCCUCCAUGGAGGGCAAUGAUAGUUCAAAAAUUCCAGAUGACCCUGGGAAACUAGACCUUUCAGAGCCAAUAGACAUCGAAGGUGUAAAAUCUGUUUUAACCGGAGUACCAGAAGUAUUGCUAUUUCAGGAGUAUGUUAAGGAACAGGGUAUUGAGGGUAGUGCAGAGGAACUGGAAGGUCCAGAGCAAUUUGGACUGGAUGUGGAAGUCUGCAGCUGUGAUACUCCAUUCUGCAGGCAUAAAAAAGGAGAAUUUGUGAGAGAUUUGGUCAAUGAGGCUGACCAAAGUUUCCAUCAAAUUCAGCUGGAUAACAAGGAACAAGGGUUGUUGCUGCUGCAACGACCAAUCCAGCUGCUGGACUCUGUACAGGACGGUGGCACUUGCCAGGAAAAAGAGCAUGCUCUCUCUGAGGCUGAAGGUAAACCAACAAAAAUCUCCACGUCAGGCCUGGCCUUUGUGAACAAGAAGGUAGUUGAGGUGGUGAACUUGUCGGUGUCGUGUGCUCCCACGUGCCUGCCAUUCUCCUCGGCUCUCCGAGACUCCCCCUCCGUCACUGGAAUCUCCGCCCGUCAAGCUACUUCCCCGAUUACCAGGCAGCCACUGGGUUCCUUUGGUCUCACCACCUCUUCGUCCUUCUGCUCCGAUGAUGAGACGAAUGAGAGAAUGCUCAAUUUCUACAAGAUGAAAGAGGAGCUGAUGGUCCACCUCAACUUUCAGGCCUCCCUGUACAGCAGUCUUCCACAGCUGGCCUCCGACCUGCCCUACUUCUUGCCCGAGGAGGACGAGGAGGAGUUUGACGACGGGAUCCACCUGGUGGUCUGUGUGCACGGCCUUGACGGAAACAGUGCAGAUUUACGGUUGGUAAAAACCUUCAUUGAGUUGGGAUUACCUGGGUCCAGACUGGACUUUCUCAUGUCGGAACGAAAUCAGACUGACACCUUCACGGAUUUUGACACAAUGACGGACAGGCUGCUUGACGAAAUCAUCCAGCACAUCCAGCUUUACAACCUGACCAUAGGCAGAAUAAGUUUCAUAGGACACUCCCUGGGAAAUGUAAUCAUCCGCUCGGUGCUGACAAGGCCAAGAUUCCGCUGUUACCUGUGCAAGCUGCACACUUUCCUGUCGCUGUCUGGACCCCACCUGGGCACAUUGUACAACAACAGCACCCUGGUCAGCACAGGUCUGUGGCUAAUGCAGAAACUGAAGAAAUCUGGAUCACUGUUACAGCUGACAUUUAGAGACCAUCCAGAUCCCCGGAAAACAUUCCUCUAUCUAUUAAGCCAGAAACCAGGGCUCCAGUUUUUUAAGAACGUGGUGCUGGUGGCGUCGCCGCAGGACCGCUACGUUCCGUUCCACUCCGCUCGAAUAGAGAUGUGCAGGACCGCUCUCAAAGACAGAACCACGGGCCCGGUAUACACAGAGAUGAUAAACAACCUGCUUCAGCCCUUGGUGGAUGCCAAGGACUGCAGACUCAUCCGUCAGAAUGUUUUCCAUGCCCUGCCCAACACAGCUAACACCCUGAUCGGCCGCGCUGCUCACAUUGCGGUGCUGGACUCCGAGCUUUUCCUGGAAAAGUUCUUCCUGGUCACAGGACUCAACUAUUUCAAGUAGCUUUCCUCUCUCUGAGUUGGAAACCAAGGGUACUGCUGGAGAAACAGUUUAAUCCUGUCAAGGUAUUAGUUUAAAGCAUUUUAAUGCUCUAGGGCAUUCAUCAUCUUCAGUUGUUGAAUUUUACUUGAAAAGCAUAGAAAAGAUGCCCGGGAUUGAUGGCUUGGAUCAAUCUCAGUAAUACAUUUUGUAAAUCAUAGACUUAUCCUACAGGUUUAGAAUUAAUCUGUGGAAAUAUUUUAUUGUAAAAUGAAGAAAAAAAAGUUUUUUCCAAGAAAAAAUUAUAUCAUCUAAACAUUUAUUUUUAUUGAGUCAUGUUCAGAAGUAAAUGUAAGCUUCAUAUAUAUUGCAUAUGUACUGUACUUUGUACUCUUAUCAUCCCGAGCAGGCCAAAUGGGUAAAAAGAUUUCUAGCUAUAUAAAACAGUUAUACUGUAUAUUCUGCAUACUUCAAGUCUAUUGUUAUUGCAAACUGUAGCUGUAGAGUAAGUGCGUAUGAAUAUUAGAUGUUGACAAUAUGUUUUUCUUUCAAACAUUUUGACCCAAAAAUGCCUUACAUUUCUAAAAAGGCUUAAUGAAACUCAGUGCAUAAGUAUAUACACUCAGUGACCACUUUAUUAGGUGUUUAUUUAUUUCACUUGUGUGGUGUGUGUUCAGAGAUGCUCUUCUGCAUAUCAUUCAAGGCGUGUUUAUUUCUGUUACUGUCACUGUCCUGUUAGCUUAAACCAGUCUGGCCGAGAAUGGCCACUCUCAUUAAUAAGGUGUUUUUGCUCACUGGAUGUUUUUAGUUUUUUUCACACCAUUCUUUGUAAACUCUAGAGACUGUUGUGUGUCACAAUCCCAGGAGAUCACCUGUUUCAGAGAUACUCAAACCACCCCGUACGGCACCAACAAUCAUUCACUUAGAUCACAUUUCUUCCCCAAUUUGAUGUUUGCUCUGAAGAACAACAGCACUUCUUGACAAUGUCUGCAUGCUUUUAUGCAUUGAGUUGCUGCCAUAUGAUAAAGUGGUAACUGAGUGCAUGGAAUAAAAUAAACAACUACAGAUAAAGGAAAGGUAAAAAAGCAAAGAUCAACAUUCAAGGAAAAGUGUUUUUCCUGCUUGUAGAUUUUCAUUUGCUCAUUUCUACUGAAACAACAAUGGACCUGAGAUUUUACUAUUCAUCAACAAGCAAGUACAUUUUUUAAAAAUGAUUCAGUUGCGUUUUUCAUUAAUGACAUUGCACUAUAUAAUGCAGAUUAACAAGAUUCUCCUCACAGUUAUCUUACUAGAAUCGAGACGGUAGAAAGUAAUUGACCAGUACCAACAGAUUUUUAAACAUUCAUUAUUUCAUUUCAUUCUAUAUGUUGGUUUCUGUUGGAUGCUAUGGUCACACUCAAAACUCCCAUUGUGUUUCAGAGUGCAUCUCUUUGUGUCAUCGUUGCAUUCUUGAAAAAUCACAAAAGGUGACCUCCCGGAGUGCUCUUUGUUUAGAUCCCUGCUUUCAUGUUUGCUCUAACCCUGCAUGGUAAGCAAAGUGUCACCGUGAUUGACUUAAAUGAAAUCGCUCCCUUUAGAAUUUUCCAAUCGGUCACAGGGCAUUUACGCUGUGUAAGCAAUCAUUGAACCGUUAGCAUGGACCAUUUCCCAAUGACUGCUGGGAAAAGUUGUUUUUUUGUUUGCUCGUCUUGUUUCAUAAAGGGAUGAUCUUUUUGCGGAAAUAAUUGUGAUUAAGAGGACUUGUAUGCAGAUAUAUCAUAAUCGGAGAAAUUACCAAGGAGAACUGUAAAUCUCUAAAAACAUGCUUUUCAGAUGUAACGGUUCUACACGGGAUAUGAAAAUGUUUCCCGGAACAUUUUGUAUUCUACAUCUUCGGGAUGUGUAUUUAAAAUAAACUUUUUUUAACAAAAAGAAUAUAGUGGAAAGUGCAUGUUUUUAAAGUUAAAUCAACUCGCUACCCAGGCGUGGCAUAUUAAUAUUGCCACAUUUAUAUUUUGUAUUCCUACUAAUGUUAAAGUUAAUGGCAUGUAACUAAUUCACGGAUCUGGGAGCCUUCAUUUGUUAAAUUGUGUGAAAAAUUGAAAAGUAUUACCUAAUAUAUGAUGCCAUAAUUGCUGGGGACUUAACAGCUAUGAAAAGUGCUAUAGUCUUUUCAGCUUUAUGAUAGUAAAUUGCCGAUGCUGUUAUGUAGCAGGAGGACUCAAUCUAAUAGCCACACUGCAAUAUGGAGAGCAUCCAAUCAGAACCAGGAAUUCUGAUUCUCCUUUGUGAAUCUCUAGGGCAAAGUUGUUUCUGGAGCAAAGCUAUAACUAUGACAUUCUCCUCAGAGCAGAUCAGCAAUGUCACAGCAUUGUGCCAUGGAUCAAGGCCAAACAGUCUUAUUUUAUAUAUCUAAUCUCAUGCCAGCUUUUAAAAAGCAAUGAACUAAUCUCCUUUUACAUCUGUUUUUCAAGAGUUCAUUUUCCAUUGUGUGUGUAUUUGUGUGUUUUCAACUGUGUGCGUGCGUGUGU